AUGGCCCCGAAAUUCAGGGAUGGGGAUACGGUUGUUUCGAUUAAUGGAAAAUGGAUAUCAUGGACACAUACUGUCGUAGCUUAUGCAGCAUUUAUCGGUGCGCUAAUUGUCGGUGUGGCUCUGCAUUUCGAGAAAAUCGUGCAGAACGAAUACUACGGAUACCCACAAGAAUGGUUCCCUUCGGUGUCCGCAACAAUUGGGGAUAGGUAUCCAGAGAGGUCCGUUUUCCAGGUCUUUAUCGCGAUCACCUCUGGGCCUCGAUUUGCACUCGUGUUCCUGUGGUACAUUCUCACAGCUCGGCCGAAUUCGACCCUUCCAAAGAUCGUUGCGGGGACGGGAAUCUUCAGAACUCUGACCUGCGGCGGAUGGACUUACGUUACUUCGACGGAUGACCACGACUGGCACGACAUAUUUAUGAUAUGUUACCUUGUAGCUACGCUUCCCUGGACAUUGGGGUGUCUUGCUCUUAGUCCGAAUAACGCGAAGGCCCUGAAAUAUCGAAAAAUAUUUGCAGGCCUUUUUUUUGGCACUCUCAUUCCUCUAAUUUAUUUCUUUAUCCAACAUAAAGUUCACAAAGUCCCUGGUGCCUACACUGCGUAUGCCUUUUUUGAAUGGUCACUCAUUUUAUUCGAUGUUGGGUUUGAUGCGGUGACCGCCUUAGAUUUUGAGGGGUUCGAGCUAGUAGUGAAAGAUGUCAAAGGCGUUAGCAGAGGAUCAACUAAGAGUGCCAGAGAUGCUGUUAUUGAAAAGCAAAAGGAUAUCUCUGUUCGACAUUCCCUUGGUGAGGGUUUUUUUCUCUCCGAGGCAAUUGAUGCUGCAGCUGAUGUUUAUAAUGGGUUCGUCUUCUGGUCCAUCCUUACAUCUCUUGGGGUAUUAGUAUGGUAUUUUCCCCUGUGGCACAUGGGUAUCUCAGGUUAUGAAGUCCUCGUGAUGGUCACCAUCUCUCCCUUCCUGCUGGCGAUUUCUUCAUUGCGCUCCUUCGCGACGAAUAACAUCUGGUUCCUACAUUUAAUGACCCUUCCGGGCCUUUUCGCAUACCUUGUGCAGAAUCCAGCUUAUCGGCUCUUUAUCGUGGGAUUCUCCGUCGCCAUGGGAUGCCUGGCGUGGAGCGCUACCUGGUAUGCGGAGCGCACUCAGCCGGCGCGACUUGAAAGCCGAAUAAUUGCCUGGACUAUUGGAUUACUUGCUUCAAGCGUCGCUAAAUAUGCCUUCCAAACUAACAACCCAAUUUGGCCCAUUCUGCACCCUGGAAAUGGCGGGUGGAACAAGACUGCUUUUACCCUAGCUAUACUCGCUAUUCUUCGCUCGACGCGACAGAGAAGUACUGCAGUUGAUUACUACCAGUCCAAUGGUAAAAAAGGACCUUCCCUUCUCGCUGCUCUAGGUCUCGGUGGGUUGUUCUUUAGCAUGCACUCUCUUAUGUCAGACUCCAGCACCAUGAUAUCCUGGGUGUGGGACGGGUUCCCAAUUCGAGGUCCAAUUGCAGUUCCUCACGGCUCGAUGACCAUUUUUGCAAUGGGAGUUGGCGUGAUAUUAGGUUUAACCUAUCCUCGUUUCUCCGGAAGCUGGACUGCUUUUGGUCUUGGGUCAAUUGGUGCCGCUAUGUUGACCAAUUUCUCCCACUGGAGAGGCUUCUAUGGUGCCCUGUCACUGUCCAUGUAUCUCAUGGCUGUUGCACCGGUCCUUUUGCGCUCCGCUUUGAGACACUCUCCUGCGACAACAUUUGGCUUCGGAUUCCUUAUAUACAACUUCAUGGUUCUUUUCCAUGUCUGGGUUGUUGCGUAUGCUUUCGUUCCAGGUGGUCCUCUCGUGAGAGAGCGUACAGACUGGGUCAUGACAGCUACAAUGCUAUUGAUUGGAGCUGGUGUUUUCUCUGCCUCCAUUUCGAAUUCAUCACCCUCAUCUCGGAACAAGAAAGCGGCAUCCUUCAACAAAAAGCAGCGGUCUUAUUACUACUAUGUAAUUGCCAUUUUACAGAUAAUCUCUGUUGCGACUUCAUACCUCCGCUUCCCGACCAACGAUUACACCCCGUAUCACAAAGAGGAGAAGCUUGUUACCGCAGGGAUUUGGACCGUUCAUUUUUCAUUGGACAAUGACAUGUGGUCUUCAGAGAAGCGUAUGCGUGAUGCCAUUCGAGACCUAGAGCUUGAUGUUGUGGGGCUUCUAGAAUCCGAUCUUCAGAGGAUCAUCAUGGGUAAUAGAGAUACAACCCAGUUCCUUGCUGAAGAUCUUGGAAUGUAUGUCGACUACGGUCCCGGUCCGAACAAGCACACAUGGGGAUGCGCCCUUCUUUCCAAGUUCCCAAUCCUCAAUUCAACACACCACUUACUGCCUUCACCGGUUGGUGAGCUUGCACCGGCUAUUCACGCAACAUUGGAUAUGUAUGGACAACAUAUCGACGUGGUCGUCUUUCAUUCAGGACAGGAAGAAGAUCCAGAGGAUCGAAGACUUCAGACAGAAUAUCUCUCUAAACUAAUGGGCUCGUCACCCAGACCUCUCAUUCUACUCAGCUACCUUGUCACAAAACCACUUGAAGGCAACUACAACACAUACGUCAGCGAUAUUAGUGGUAUGAAGGAUAUUGAUUCUAGCGAUUGGGAUCGGUGGUGCGAGUAUAUCCUCUAUAAGAACAUUCGUAGAGUUGGAUACGCACGAGUGAGCCGUGGUACCAUUACGGACACAGAGCUUCAGAUUGGAAAAUUCCUUAUAGGCGAGCCAGAAGGAGCUAGUGAGCGUAUCUCAGAAGAACGGGUCCCAGCCGGCAUGCGAUUCCCAGCCAUGUUCCGCGGACAGGGCGUUCGUGGCCAUCGCUACCAUGUUUUCGACGAACCACGAUAUUAUAAUUAA